AUGCUGUCGUUGUUUGGAUCCCCGUUGUUGUUUGGAUCCGCCAACGUCGUUUAUAUUCUAGGAAAAAACUUGGUAGUUUUUAUUUUCGGAGGCUUACUUGCUUAUCUAUUUGGACAAUACUUCGCUGAACUAUCAUCUUUCGCCCACGAGAAGGAGUUAUUGCUGAAGGAGUUAGAGGAAGCCUACCUGAUGAACCUAACUCUCCUCGACGAAAUUGAGGCCAGUAGCGAUAAGGAAGAACUUCUAGCCGAAACUAUUGAAGAACUGGCCAAGGAUUUAGCAGAUGAACAGUAUCGCGUCGACGAACUGGUCAAUAUUGUUGAUGAAGAUCAGCUGAGGCUGACGAAAGCUGAGAACGACAAUGAGGAUAUUGUUUCUCGGAAUCUGCUCCUAAGGAAGGAAAAUGAAAAAUGUCAAGAUGCGAUCAUCCAGCGAAAUAAAAAGGUUGACAAGCUUGAGGAACAGCUGAAACUCAAAGGCACAGAAUGUGCAAGGAACGGAGAAGUUAUUCGAGAACUGAGAGAGGAAAUAGCAGAUAAUGAGUUAUACUGCGAUGUUCUCGAAGAGAAGGUCAAGCAUCAUGAAGAAGAAGCAGAGAAAACGAAGUAUCUGGUUUCAGACCUCAAAGAAAACCUGAAAGAGUUUCAAGAUCAAGUAAAUGUUCUUCGUGCCAGAAAUUGUGAUCUCCUGAGAAGCAUGGAAAGAGAGGCACACGAGAAUUUUGGUCUGGAGAGGGAGGUCCAAAUGCUUCAAGAUGGAAAUCAGCGCCUUCAACGGGAUCUGGCUCUUAAGGAAUCGCAAAUUGCCGCCUCGAUGGAAGCGCUUCACGAUGAAAGAAGGAAAAAUGAGAUCCUGGCAGAAGAGCUACUAGUGAUGAAAAAGUGGAUCGCCGAAUUAGCUGGAGAAAAGGAAAAAAUGAAAGAUACGCUCGUGGAAAAAGAAUGCCACAUUAGCUCAGCAGCUGAACUUAUGGAAAAACAGAGAGAAAAGAAUCGCCUUCAGGCUGAAGAACUCCAGGUACUAAGAAACUGGAUCGCUGAGUUAGCAGGAGAAAAGGAGAACCUGAAAGAGAAACUGGCAGAAAAGGAAAUGGAAGCAAAUGCAGUUAAAAAAGUUGCAGAACUGCUUGAAAUAACAAAAGAAAAAGUAACAGAACUCGAGAGUACCUUGAAACAGGUACAGGAACGAAUUAGAGAGGCAGAAGAAAAUGCAGACAAAGAGAAGUUAAAUGAUGAAAAGGAAGUAUAUUUGCGAGCGGAAAAUGAAGAGGGCGACGAUUCAGACAAAGAUAAUGAAGUGGAAUCAGAGGUCAACCAGGACAGUGAAGGAUAUGCUCACGAAGCAAAUAAAGUAGGAGAGUUAGAACGGAAGGACGUUAAUCAGGAGGACGUGGAACUCACAGAGGACAAUAAAGAGGAAAGAGAAGAAAUGGAACAAUGUCCUCAAACUAAUAACGAAGAAAGCAAUAAAGUGGACACGAAAAAUAUCCUCAAAAAGAAGAGGAGAAACAAGAAGAGGAGAAAGCCUGCUGGAGAAGAGGACAGCAGCAGGUUGUGCGUGGUCCAGUCUUUGGUCCUUGAAACGCACAAUGAAAACUUGCACAGUAUCAUGUUGCCUGCUGAAUUCCAGGAGCUCCUCCAGAAAAAUGAAAACGGUCUCGACUUCGUCAAAUAUAAGAACAAAGUCAUGCUGAACUUCAUGCACCACGACAAGGCGCAUGUGAGAGCUGUGCUUAGCAGAUGUUCCAAAUCUGCUGCUGAGGAAGUUCUCAUUGAUCUCCAAAAAUUGCUUCUGAGGAUUCUAAAAUAG